UUCAUUAAAUAAGACAAAACAUUAUUUUCCAAAAAUUACAGAACAAUAUGAAAUAUUUUUAUACGUGUUCGUGAUGCAAGAAUCUGAUUUAAGGCAUUUACCUUCAUAUGAAUUUUAUGAUGGUUUUAAUAAAAAGGAUAAUUUAUGUAAUUCAGCUGAUCAUUUUGAUCAAAUAAGCGAAAAUUUUCAAAACAACGAAAGAAUUCGUGAAAUUUUCAACAUGCUUAUAGCAAAUAUAUUUUACUUCAGAGAUAAACAUAUAGACAAUACACCAUUUUUACACAAUCAUUGUUAUGCCUUGAAUUAUUGGUUAUAUGAUCAAUGGUCUACGCUUCAUGAUCAAAAAAAAAAAAUACUACUAUUAAUUGUGCCUUUACAGAAUUUAGUAAAGUAUGGAAAUUUUUUAUUGAAAAAGAAUUAUUGGAUAGAAAUUAUGAAAAGUAUGAUCCUAGUACAUUAUUGUCUAAUUUAUCAUGUCUUGGAGGAGAAAUAAUGCAAUCUGUGGCAGGUUUAAUGAAAAAUGGAUUUGCCUCAAUAGGUAUAGAAUCUCUUUUUUAUAUAUUUUCCUCCUUUUCAAAUAUAAUUAAACCCGAAUUGUUUCAGCAAUAUGGCAUUGCAAAUAUUGUUUUCUGUGUUUUAAUAUUUUCCAUUGAAGGAGAAGAAGACGUAAACGUUUAA